AUGCCGACAGCGCAAGCUUCAGCGUCGCCACCACCAGCUGCUACCGUGACGGAUCAAGUCAAUCGUCUAGCCAUCUCGCCAGAUAAACGGUAUCUCGCUGCUGCUGGUAAUACCAUGCCCAACUGCAACAAUGCUGAACGUGGAAUUCAAAUUACUCCCUUUGUAACAGGAAACCCACAUGUUCGUUUAUACGAGGUGCAAACAAGCAAUCCAAACCCUAUCACCUCUUUUGAUGGACACACUGGAAACAUCACCUCCAUUGGUUUCCAAUCUGCGGGACGCUGGAUUGUUACUGGUAGUGAGGAUGGUACAAUCAAGAUAUGGGAUGUGAGGGCUCCUGGUAUACAACGAGAUUAUGAACUCAAAUGCCCAGUCAACGAUGUCAUAAUUCAUCCAAAUCAAGGAGAGCUGGUAUCCUGUGAUCAAUCAGGCUCCAUCAAGAUUUGGGAUUUGGGAGCUAAUGCAUGUACUCAUGAACUGUUACCGGAAGAAGAUACACCUGCACGAUCAGUGACAAUGGCUGCUGAUGGCUCAUUACUAGUUGCUGCCAACAACAAGGGCAACUUUUACGUAUGGAAGACCAAGAAUAAAGGAGAUAUGACAGAUUUAGAACCAUUACUCAAAGUAGCUGCGCAUAACAAGUACAUUACCAAAUGCGUCCUUUCACCAGAUACAAGGACGUUAGCAACAUGUUCAGCAGAUAAUACCGUCAAGCUAUGGUCUAGUGCAGAUUACAAGUUCAAUCUGGACAAGACACUCAGUGGACAUACGAGAUGGGUCUGGGAUGCUGCAUUCUCUGCGGAUUCAGCAUACCUUGUGACGGGCUCUUCAGAUCAUUCUGCGAGAUUGUGGGAUCUGAGUUCUGGAGAAACAAUCAGGUAG